AUGGCUAUCAAAAUAGAUGCGAACAUAAUUUGCCCUAUUCCCCAGCGAGGCGUGGGGCGCGGCGCGUGGCGGCGGCGCGGGCGCGGGCGGCGCCAUGACGCGGCGCCCGCCACCAUGACGCUGCCGCCGCCCGCGCGCCCCGCGCAUCCCGCCGCGCAUCGCGCAAUGCGCUAUUAUCGCAUCUGGAUCUACGCGUGCAACGGCGCGCUGUUGCUUGGGGCGCUCGCAUUCUGCGCGGCAGCGGGCCGCGCACUCUCUGACUACCGUCGUGCGCUCGUGCCUGGCCUUGGUGUAGCACAGCCCGGCUUCCUCUACGGAUACGCAGCGCUACCCGCACAGGCGGGCCUGUUGCAGCUACUCGGUUGUCUCGCUGCUCUGAGACUCUCCGAGCGUAUGCUCAACGCCUAUUGGUUGGCGUUACUGGCUUUACUCGUCGGGGACGCAGCUAUCGGUGUCUACUGGGCGUUCCGUUUUGAACGCGUUUGUCGUGAACUACGACCUCAGUUACGGCUGCGACUAGCCAAAGAAUACGAUACUGACAUAGAUUUCUCACAAGCCUGGGACCGGCUUCAAAGAGAGCAGCGUUGCUGCGGAGUUACUGGGCCCACUGAUUUUACAGCACUCAAUAGAACGACACUACCGGCUAGCUGCUGUCGUAUACCAGCUCAUACAUCAGCUGUUACACCGGCGCUGCUUGCAGUGACAUCAGCGACGUCUCCUGUGCCGUUUACCCCAGUGCACUGUGCGCCUCACACAGCAGCUUGUGCUGAGAGACUACUUGUUUGGCUUCGACGAACUGCAGACGCGUUGUUCGUGUUAGGAUAUUGCGUCAUUGCAUUUUUAAAAUUGUGCUUCCUGGGAAUCCUCCGGUACGAAAUAAAGGAGAUGAUUCAAAAAAUUAGAAUAUUACGAAGUGAACUCGGAGCUGGUGAACUACUUGACGGCAGCCCGCUUCACGGUGGGCCACUAUCACAGACUGUAAUAGUAAACGCGGUGAAUGCGAACGGUGGUGUCCGGGCCCAUGGUGGCAGUCCUGAACGAGCAGGUGAGCGUGAGGCACUACUUGGCAGAGCCUCCGAGCCAUGCUCGCGGCGAAGCAUACAUGACGAACCCCUUGGACCCAAAACUAUUAAUGGAAACAACAAUUGCGAAAUGCGUGAGCUUGCUCGAGGAGACUACAGACCCCUAGCGGCAGACAGUGCAGCGACUCGAAUCUGA